CCAGUUCAACAAAAUUGGGCAGGUUCAAGCCUGGCCCAAAUAAGCCCAUGCAGCCCAUCAUAGUCCCAGAUUGCACGAUCAGGACGAAGACCUACCCGACGGCGCCGGCAGUGCUCACAGCCACGCAGGAGCAGGAUGCCCUCUCUCUCUCUCUCUCACACACACACACACACACGACCCCAGCUUGGUACCCCGCGUCCGGCCUCCAGCAUCCCCACCCGACGCCGACGACCACCUCUCAGUGAUUCGUCCUCUGCGCGUUGGCCCUGGUUGCUGCCCGCGUCUAGUAGGGGGGCGUCGCCCGGCGCGCCCUGCAGCAGCUCCUGACAGCCGGCGCCGCCAGCACCCGCAGCCUCGCGCCCUCGCCACCACCCGCUGCUACAGCGCGUGCGCGCCCAGAAGGGGCCGGCGGCCGUCCGCCGGCGCACCCAGCCGGGUGCAGAGACGAGCAGGUAUGGCGCACGGGGCAGACCAGAGGCGAACCCAGCACCAGCAGGGUAUAGAAUAGGAGAUUUUGCAUGGGGAACCCUAGAAAAGAUUCUAUUCUCUUUUUCCUCUCCGCAACCGAUUGAAGUGGAUGGCAUUGGGCGACGAAAGGCUGACAGGGCGAGCGGACAGAAAAAGGCAGACUGAAAUUUUCCCUCUCUAUAUAGAGAUUGAUCUUGAUCGAGGCGGAAAACAAAUCCGUCUCUUCCCACCAAGCCACCAACCGGCAACCGCCGCCAUCGAGUGAUGGCCGCCGCGCCGCCCGACGAGCGAAAGCAGGAGAGGCCGCUGACGCCUGCGACGUCGGCGGCGAGCGUGGCGGCGGACUUCGCCAUGGGCGGUGCGGCUGCCGUGGUGGCCAAGACGGGGGCCGCGCCGGUCGAGCGCGUGAAGCUGCUGCUCCAGAACCAGUCAGAGAUGCUGCGCCGGGGCACCCUCACGCGCCCCUACAAGGGCAUCGCCGACGCCUUCGCCCGCGUCCUCCAUGAGGAGGGCGCCGCCGCGCUCUGGCGCGGCAACCAGGCCAACGUCAUCCGCUACUUCCCCACCCAGGCUUUUAACUUUGCAUCCAGGGGCUACUUCAAAAGCUUCUUUGGCUAUGACAGGGAGAAAGACGGACAGUGGAAGUGGUUAGCUGGAAAUGUAGCCUCUGGAAGUGCUGCAGGAGCUACAACAUCGUUGCUGCUAUACCAUCUAGAUUAUGCGAGGACAAGGCUAGCUACUGAUGCAAUUGAAUCACGGGGAACCAAACGCCAGUACAGGGGGUUGCUGGAUGUUUACAAGAAGACACUUGCAACUGAUGGCAUGUCUGGACUAUAUCGAGGUUUCAGUGUGUCUAUUAUGGGAAUCACCUUGUACCGUGGUCUAUAUUUUGGUAUCUAUGAUAGCAUGAAGCCUCUAGUUCUAGUAGGCCCAUUGGAGGGGAACUUCUUCGCCAGUUUUGCCUUGGGUUGGGCAAUAACUACAUUCUCUGGGGCAUGUGCCUAUCCAUUUGACACGGUCCGUCGUAGAAUGAUGUUGACUUCAGGACAACCAUUUAAAUACAAGAACGGUUUCCAUGCAGUAAAACUGAUAGUUUCAAACGAAGGGUUCUUCACAUUAUUCAGAGGUGUUGGUGCAAAUAUUCUUUCAGGGCUGGCGGGAGCUGGAGUUCUUUCUGGGUAUGAUCAACUCCAACAGUUGGCAAGCCGGCAUGGUCACAAUUUUGAGCGCAAGAUGAAAGGGGCAUUGAAAUGAUGUGCACAUGGAUAUGAAUAUAUUCAGCUCCUUGGUUGAAGUCAUCAUUCAAAUGCGGUGCACAAGCAAGAACCCCUGAGCCUGAAGAAGUUCACAAAAAUUAUUGGGGAAAGACAAAGGAAAAGUUUUCCUGGAGAUGAAUCUCACAAGGAAGGAGAUGGAGUCAUUGCAACAAAAGAUAGCUCUUGUAAACAGAGAGUGCUGAAUAUUAUAUUUAAUGUGUAGAUCUAAUCCUUCAAGUAUGAAUACAUGUACAUGUUGGUGUUUCUUCGAUCAUUUGGGUCCAAUAGUAUCCUAUCAAUGUGAAAUGUAAAUCCAAAUCCUUCAGUAGGUCAUGACCAAACUAUUUUUCUAAGGAAAAAGAGAUGGAUCUCUUGACUCUUGAGGAAGGUUCUUCAGUUCCAGAUUUGGAUUUCCGCUAACAUCAUGAGCGUGUCAUGUACAAAUGCACAUGACAUUUUUGCAGGGGCGUCAGAUCUUUUUCCAAAGAGACAGGAUUCAAGUGGAUUUCGCAUCCAAUAAUCUGUCCAUCACUGAAAAGAGGAGUAAAGGAGCCUCUAAUCCCCAUCUGUCUCCGAUUCUGAUCAUUGCCGGGGAGCUGAGUAAUUUCCACCGCACUGGCAGCACUGAACAACUGAAAGGAAGGGAGGCUGAUGAGCCGUGUGAGCUCACUGUCAAGUCUGGUGAUGGACUUCUCCAUGGGAGGUGCGGUCACCAUGGUGGCCAAGAUGGGGGCCAUGCCAGCAGAAUGUGUCAAGCUGCUGCUCCUGAAGACGAGAACUAGGAUAAGAUAUUGUGGCUGGUGACCUUCACCUACUCAUACAAUGGCAUCACGACACAUUCACCCACAUCCUCCGCAAGGAGGGUGCACCUUCAACCAGGCCAGUGUCAUCCGCUACUUCCCACCCAGUCCUGUAACUCUACUCAAUGUCAGCAUUAUCAAACAUGGACCUUGAAACAUGUAUACACAGUCAACUCUUUGAGUGAUGCAUGAAUUUUUUUUUUUUUGUGAGAAAGAUUCAAGAUCUGAUUCAUGAAACGUGACUACAUGUUGAUGCUAAUGUUGGUGUCUCUUUGGUCAUUGGGGCAACUGUACCCUAUCAAUGUGAAAUUUAAAUUAUAGUUAAGAGAAAAAGGUGGGAUGUCAAUAGUACACUUGGAAUUUCUUUGUUGAAUCGUAUUCUUCCCUCUCUGCAGUGAAUUAGAUCCAAUAAGUACUUGUAUAUUAUCUUGAUUUGGUGGGAAUGCAGUUGGCCGCUCAUGACAUAAGAGGUGUGUGUGCAAUUGAAGAUUGUUAGCUGAUUCCUCAUGAGUCACGGUGAUCAGCAUAAGAGAGCCUUAAAAUUUAUAUUCAAUAUUGUUAAUUGUUACAUCCCUCUUUCAUAGUCCUCAAUCAGCAGCAUUGCUCCGCACCAGCUACACCUAAGAUUUAACUGCUUGACCAGAGUACACGGUUACCACAACAUCAUGCAUAUGUACAAACAAAUUUGUGUUGAUUGUUGUCCCACAGCGGUUUUGUUAUAUGGUCUGAAAAGUCUUCUUUGUAGGACAAUCUUUUUCACUCAACACACCUCUUAGUGUUUGUUUCCUAUGCAUUUUGAUAGUAAUGGAUCUUUUAAUAGCAUGUAUCAUAUGUUCCUGCUUGGAAUUUCUUUGUUGAAUCGUAUUCUUCCCUCUCUGCAGUGAAUUAGAUCCAAUAAGUACUUGUAUAUUAUCUUGAUUUGGUGGGAAUGCAGUUGGCCGCUCAUGACAUAAGAGUGAGGAGUUAAAUACAUGUAAGCUUCCCAACUACUUCUGGCCUGAAUCAUGACAAAUGUACCUGAAUGUUGCUUCUAGGUGGUACACAGGCACCGGGUAAAUCAAACUUUCAAUGGUGAAUUGUUGCUUGUCUUGUUUUGACAAUACACUUUCCCUUUAGACAAAAAUAUAUUUACUAUAGUGCGCCACCAUUGUUUUUUGGCUAGCUCUCUCCCCCCCCCACCCCCCCCCCCACCCCCUCUCCCGCUGGUGUCCUUAGUUGUGAGCUUUCAUAUAAUUUUAGAGAUGAUACAUAUAACCUUGUGUGUUGCUUAUAAGGUUGUAAUCGUAUCAAUGGCAAGGAACUCCUGUCGUUAUUUCAUUCUGCAAUCAUUACUUGUAUGCCUGUUACUUCAUACUCUUGUUACUGUUGCUGUCCUGAUGGUUCAGUACCAGUACUGUUAAUUGCUUCAUAUGACGGUGAAACAAAAUUAAGAUGCAUUCAAAGA